AUGGCGACAAAUGGAUCGUCGUGCGUAACGCAUGUAAUAUUUGAUUUGGAUGGUUUAUUGCUCGAUACGGAACCGAUUUAUUUUAAAGUGAAUGAAAUAAUUUUGGCACAAUACGGCAAAAAAUAUACUUUGGAACUAAAAGUGAAGACUAUGGGUAUGCCAAAAAAUAGAGCCAUUGCCGAAGCAAUUGAAUAUGUUGGUCUUACUGGUCAAAUUAGUAUCGAUGAAUACUCGACUAAAUAUGAAGAAAUAUUACGAGAUUUGUUGCCAGAUAAUAAUUUACUACCAGGAGCGAUGCGGAUUGUCGAGUACUUUCACAAAAAUAAGAUUCCAUUGGCGAUUUGUACUGGUUCUUGUCAAUAUGAAUAUGAUAUGAAAAUGCAAAAACACAAGGAACUUGAUGCACUGAUACCGUUUGCUGUUUUAACCGGUGAUGAUCCUGAAGUGAAACAUGGAAAGCCUGAUCCUGAUGGAUUUUUAGUUACAAUGAAUCGCUUUAAAGAGAAGCCUUCAUGCGCUGCAAACGUGCUUGUAUUCGAGGAUUCACCAAAUGGUGUAAUCGCUGCAUGUAGAGCUGGUAUGCAGGUUGUUAUGGUGUCAGAUUUCAGCUAUUACGAACCUCCUGAAGAAUGCAAGGAUCGAAUCGUUACGAUGAAUAGUUUAGAAGAUUUCAAACCGGAACAGUUUGGUCUUCCUCCUUUCAUAUAA